AUGAACAACCCGAGCAACCUGAACCACCGCAUCGAAAAGCGACUCCACCGCCAGGACCGAUCGAAGGAGUUAACGUCCCUCUCAUGGCUUCUCUCGUUGCCUACCUUCCCCGUCCCUCCCACCGGGACCAUCUUCGAGCACCACUACCUCCCGCAUCAUGUGUACGAGGGAUUUAUCGCGCUCUUCGGCUGGGACCUCAAGUCAUUGCAGCAAACCACAAACCAGCGAAAGUGCCAUGCGCUCUUCCGGGCAGGUAGAAUUGGAGCAGCUGUCGAAACGUGCCAAUGCAUCAUAGACAAGAACUACGAAGGCUAG